AUGGUCUUGGCGGGAGUGCCGCCAGCGGAGUUUCUGGCAACGGCCCGAGCUAUACUGUACGCUCGGGUCAAAGCCUCCCGCCUCCGGGGCGAGAACAUCGCCCCGAGGACCAUGGCGUCGUGGAGAGAGAGAGCCCGUCGGCGGGUGAUUGAGGAUUGGCGUAGCCACCUCACUGCCAACCCGCCGACAGUGGGCACCCGGGUUCUGGAGGCCGUCCUCCCCCACCUGGAGGAGUGGGUAGACCGCCCAUGGGGCGGCCUAUCAUAUAGGAUGACGCAGGUGCUCACCGGACAUGGUUGUUUCGGGGAGUACCUGUGUCGAAUCCAAAAAGAGCCGACCGCGCAUUGCCAUCAUUGCGAGGCAGAAGUGGACUCUGCGCAGCACACGCUGGAACAUUGUCCGGCGUGGGACGAGCUGCGCGGAGUCCUUAAAAACGAAAUUGGGGACGACCUCUCCCUGGGGGCCGUCGUUGCCAAGAUGGUCCUCAGGGAGAGUUGUUGGAAGGCGGUCGCCUCCUUCUGCGAACAGGUUAUGUCGCAGAAGGAGGCGGCAGAAACUGCCAGAGAACGGCAGAGGGGAGGAAGACCCGGUGGGGGAGGAAGGCGAUGA